AUGCUGGAAGUUAAAGAGAACAAACCCGAGAAGGAGAUCCCUCCACUCACAGCCAAAAACAUCUUGACGGAUAUAUACAAUGGCAUCUUCGCCCUUCUAAACAACAGCGCCACCAACAGCUUUGCCGUUCUUAUAACCGUGUGUUUGUCUUCAAUUGCAUGUAAGAUCAUCAUCAGUAAAGUCAAGUACACAGAGAUUGAUUUCUCGACAUACAUGCAGCAGAUCCAGAUGGUGAACGAUGGUGCUCUAGACUACUCCAUCAUUGGCGGCGACACGGGUCCCAUAGUGUAUCCGGCGGGAUAUGUGCAAAUCUACCAGGGAUUGCAUUGGUUGACUGGCGGCGGCGAGGACUUGGAAAUUGCACAAUUUGCAUUUGGAUACUUGUUCACAUUUACUGUUUUCCUCUCAGGAAUCGUUUACGCCACCUCGGCGGCUCCUCCAUGGACUAUCUACCUCUUACUUGCAAGUAAGAGGUUAUACUCCAUCUACGUGUUGAGAUUAUUCAACGAUUGUUUCACCACUGCGGGUGUCAUUGCGGUGGUGAUGUUGCUCCAACAGGCUGCAAAUUGGUCCGGUGUGUUGUCUGACUCCAUGAUGUUCUUGCUUUGCGCUGCCGCCGCCGAUCUUUACAGCAUGGCUCUUAGUGUGAAGAUGAACGCUUUGUUGUAUCUCCCAGCUUUUGCAUAUAUAGUCUACUUUCUUCUCGGUGAACAACUCCAUAAGCUUGUUGCCGUUUUGUUGGUUAUCCCAGCCGUCCAGGUCAUGGUGGGGUGGCACUUCCUUCUUCCAAUGUUCUGGGACGAAGAGGCGUGUCGUCUCCGAAACAACUACUUGAAGAAUGCGUUUGACUUUUCAAGACAAUUCAUGUAUAAAUGGACGGUCAACUGGCGCUUUGUUCCUGAAGACGUCUUCCUUUCAAAGGAGUUCUCGACACUGUUACUUGUUGGCCACAUCAGUGUCUUGUGCAUAUUUCUUUUGACGCGAUUCGCUUCACCUAAACUUACUGGUAAAUCCAUAUCGGCUCUCUUCAAAGACGCAUUCCUUCGUCCUUUUGCUGCAACGAGAUCCAAGCAGAACAAGAUCGUCAACCCAACCACUGGACCUCGCACCAUUCUACUCAUAUUUUCCGUUACAAAUUUGAUUGGUAUCCUAUUUGCAAGAUCCUUACAUUAUCAAUUUCUUUCAUGGUACUGUUGGCUGCUUCCGUUCUUGCUUCAUGCUGCUGGAUUCAAUGUCUUCUUCGGAAGCGCUAUAUUCUUAGCACAUGAAUGGUGUUGGAAUGUAUUCCCGUCCACAGAAAACAGUUCUAAGCUCUUGAUUCUGAUUCUCUCGAUUAUCUUGGUUGCCACUUGGAACAACUCGUCUUUUUGGUUCCAGGACAACGAGAGCCAGGCUCAAAAACCAAAGGCACCAAAGCUGGAUUGA